GAAGCUUAGAAGAUGUUUGGUAUUUCGUCUGCCAUGUCAUCAUUGGCAAACAUAGAAUAAUCCUUGACGUUGUAUUGCUUAUAAUACACAAGCACAGAAUGUGGUUUUUGUUUAUCUUGGCGAUUCUUUCAUCUGUAAUUUUGAUUUUAUGUAUCACUCUUGCAAUUGCUGCUGGGCUAUAUUUUCUAGCUGAGUUGGUUGAGGAAUACACAAGCAUUACAAGCAAAAUAAUACGCUACAUGAUAUGGGCCAAUUUUGUGAUUCAGUUUGGACUUGGGAUAUUUGAAUCCUUUCCUAUGAGCCUUUUACUUUGCAAUAUCAUUCAUCAACUGUCAAACCUAUCUAUAUUGAAAACAUUUCCAUAUUUUGUUUUAACAUCCCCAUCAUUUAUCAUCUGCUUAGUAUCUCUUGGAUUGAACCACUAUUGGGCCUUUGCUUAUUUUGGAAUGAAGUACUACCCUUUCCUGGAGGUUUUGGCAUACUUCACCAUAUCUCUAUGGAUAGUCCCAUUUUUAUUCUUUGUCAGUCUUUCUGCAAAUGAAAAUGUACUCCCGACAACAUCAGACAGAGGUCAAAUUAUCAAUAAUGGAGAUGAUUUGGUGUCACACUAUUUCUCAAAUAACAAGAAAAAAUAUGGCUUACUCUAUUUUUUCAACUACAUCAAGGACCUCGCAUGGAUCUCUCCGCGAAAACAAUUUUAAAAUGUUAAAAUGAAUGAAAUAUUUGUAUUGAUAUUAAUACCAGAAACAAAUACAUAUUAGGGCGCUUUGUACAAA